UUUAUCCGGAGAAAGACAUCGAUUCCCUUUCUGUCAACUCACUCAAGGAUGUCUUUGAAAAGUGCAAAGAGUGGACCGGAGAGUCGACCGUCUUCUGCUGCCAGCUCGUCUCCUCGGUGGAGCAAAACCGCAGGGUCCGGCAAACAGGCAGCCGCAGCAGGGAGAUUCAAGAAUAAGGCUCUCCAGCUCAGCCUCUCCAAGAAAUUCUGCACCAAGUCGCAGCCGAAGUCAGCGGCCGAGUCGACAGAGCAGGGGGUUCGUCGGAAGAGCAAGAGGAGUCUCAGCAACAGUUCGGCCGUCGCUGCCGCUUACGUCGCCUACCUCAACAAACUUUUUGGACAGGAGCGGGAGCUGAUGCCGCUGGAGCUGGAUGAGCUGCAAGAGGCCUUCAAGGAGUUCGACUACGAUGCAGACGGCUUCAUCCAUUACAAAGACAUCGCGGACUGCAUGAGGACCAUGGGCUACAUGCCCACUGAGAUGGAGCUCAUCGAGAUCAUCCAGCAAAUCAAGAUGAAAUGGGGCGGUCACGUGGACUUUGACGAUUUCUGCGAGCUGAUGGGUCCCAGGAUGUUGGCGGAGACGGCUCACAUGGUGGGACUCAAGGAGCUGCGCUGCGCCUUCCAGCAGUUCGACAGCAACGGCGACGGCAAGAUCACCAUGGAGGAGCUGAAGGAGGGUAUGAAAGGUCUGCUGGGCGAGAAGCUGAAGAAAGGCGAGCUGGAGGAGAUCCUGGGCGACAUUGACCUCAACAAAGACGGAAACAUCGACUUUGACGAGUUUAUGAUGAUGCUCUCAGCUCGGUGACCUCAGAUGGUUGGAUGCAUGGAUGGAUGGAUGGAUGGAUGGAUGGAUGGAUGGAUGGAUGGAUGGAUGCAUGGAUGAUAGAUGGAUGGAUGGAUGGAUGGAUGGAUGGAUACAUGGAUGGAUGGAUGGAUGGAUGGAUGGAUGGAUGCAUGGAUGAUAGAUGGAUGGAUGGAUGGAUGGAUGGAUGGAUGGAUGGAUGGAUGAUGGAUGGAUGGAUGGAUGGAUGGAUGGAUGGAUGGAUGCAUGGAUGAUAGAUGGAUGGAUGGAUGGAUGAUGGAUGGAUGGAUGGAUGGAUGCAUGGAUGGAUGGAUGGAUGAUGGAUGGAUGGAUGGAUGGAUGGAUGGAUGGAUGGAUGCAUGGAUGGAUGGAUGGAUGGAUGGAUGGAUGGAUGAUGGAUGGAUGGAUGGAUGGAUGGAUGGAUGAUGGAUGGAUGGAUGGAUGGAUGGAUGGAUGGAUGGAUGGAUGGAUGAUAGAUGGAUGGAUGGAUGGAUGAUGGAUGGAUGGAUGGAUGCAUGGAUGGAUGGAUGGAUGAUGGAUGGAUGGAUGGAUGGAUGGAUGGAUGGAUGGAUGGAUGGAUGAAUGGAUGGAUGGAUGGAUGGAUGGAUGCAUGGAUGGAUGGAUGGAUGAAUGGAUGGAUGGAUGGAUGGAUGCAUGGAUGGAUGGAUGGAUGGAUGCAUGGAUGGAUGGAUGGAUGGAGGAGGGCAAAAGGUCUCCGGCUGAAAUGAGUCCCAUGAUGUUUGUGUCCAGCCGAGUGAAGAAGACUCCAACAAACUCUGGAUGGCAGCAACCUUGUUUAGAUGCGAAUUUAAUUCAUGUAUGUUUUUUUUGUUCCAUUAAAAAUGUGUUUUUCAUCUGCACUGGAAUACAAAUAGCUCAACGAGCGCCGCUACAUUAACAUUUAAAUAUAGUGAGUUAUAUAAACUCAUCUGCGGCUGUGUUGCUUUUCCGCCCUCUAGUGGUUGUAGAAGGAACAUUUCUCAUCAUUUUCAUUCCUUAAACGCUUAACAUAUUUAAACUUUAAGUAUUGUGGAGAUCAAAGGAUGAAGACCUCAAAUAAUACGCCAUUUCACGGUUCUUUAACGUCCAUAAAUGAGUUAUAGUCGCUUUUAAUUUGAUUCAUAGCCUCAACUCAAGAAUAAAUAACCACAGACAAAAGAAAAUUAGAAUAGCAUAGAAUCCCAUCUAAAAAACUAUAGAACUAUACAGCUAUAACAAAACAGGAGGCAUGCUCUUAGAAAACAAGGGCAGACUGUGUUUCAUUUCAUUUCUGCGUGUCAUUUAUUCACUAUCUUCUGCUCUCACCCAGGACUGGUCUCCACCUCAGGGCAAGAGAAUCCACGCAUUAGGAGGCUAUUUAGAGUCGAUCCUCUAAGACUGUAAACACUCAAGUGGACACAGAAGCUCGUGACCGCAGUUCCCUCAGUGACAAUUCACAAAUGUUUAAGAGAAAAUCGGUCCAGCUCUCAGGGUACUGCAGCUUCUAUCCGGAGCUAAAUCCAACAAUGCAACUGAAACGCAGACAUUCAGGUUGAAAAAAGAGAAGUGCUUUUAAUAAUGAAAAUUGAUAACUUAACACAUCAGAGCAGAAGAAAAACACACAUUUCCAAAAAUGGGUCAAGAAAUGGGCCUCAUCGAUGGACGAGUCGUGGAAUGGUGGCGUCGCUGCAUGAACGCCACGAUGAUGGAGGACGUGAGGCAAAGCUACCGCCCCGCGCCUGACGGAGCCGCUGUCCCAUUGCAACACCCUUCACUGGUACCAGACAAGAACAAACGCUUGUGUCAUUAAUACAUAAUUCAUUUAUUUAACCGGAGAUGGGGAAGCAUCGCUCAGUUACUGAAACCCUUUCUUGUCACUGGUGUCCAUAAUGUCGGAAGAGAAAUGCAACAGAGAGAGAAGAAGGAAGCCGAGUGACUUCGGAAUCCUCAAACCACAGUGAGCCACCACAGCUGGACGUAAUUCUGAGGUGAGAUGAAUCCACAAAAAGCCAUGAGCAGCCACUGUGGGUGUAAACAAUGAAGCUAAAUUCAGCUGUGAUGUCCGUGGGACAUUUCAAUAACACGAUCACAUGUUUAAGGCGCUCCUCAGGUCAGAAAUAAACCAGCGAUGGAGACAGAGAGGUUUUCAGAAAGCUGAAAACGUGGGGUUUCAAACGCCCACCCGGUGCUGCCGAGCAUGGAAGAAGAGAAGUGGACUCCGGAGGAGGCUCCACCACGUGGAAGAAAGUUUUGAAUGGACAGAGGAAACAAGAAACAAGACUCUCUGGAGGAAGAGGUUAAUACUUUCAUGUGACUGAUGUCAUGAGUCUUCCAAACAAGUGGGAAUUCUUCUGCACAACACAACUUCUUGUUGGAAACUAAACAUCACACUCAG